AUGUCGCCACACUGGAUGGAUCCAGCAAGCCACGAAGCACAAUCCGUCGUUGCUGAGCUGGACGGAACAGCAGCUCCCACGAUGAGACUUCCCACCCCGGAAGAAGAAGGCCGGCGAUCGCUCUCGCAGUCAUCGACAAGCUCAUCCAGCAGCCUGAAGAAGCCAAUAGCAGUACCUCGCAAAGUGUCUGACGCCCUAGAAGCCAAAGGAUUCGAAGUCGAUAAUACCGGAACAGUCAGAUGGGCACCCGACAGCCUCACACAUCCACGCCGGUGGUCACUAGUCCGGAAGUUAUACGACACGGCCGUCAUCUGCUUCCUGGAGUUCUUCGUCACUCUCAUCUCGAACACUGGCUCCUCGGUAGCUCCACUGGCAGCGGAUGAGCUUGGCUUGAGCCGGGAAUGGUCGCUAUUCUGCUUCACGACAUUAUACUUGCUGGGUCAAGCCAUCGGAGGACUGAUCUUCUCGCCCAUAGCAGAGAGCUUCGGAGGCCGCACGAUCUACCUCAGCUCCACGCUUGGGUACUCACUGUUCUGCAUCGCCAUGGUCACAUGCCCAAUCUUGCCAGUUGUCGUGCUGGGCAGGUUCAUGACCGGACUUCUGUCGGCGAUACCAGCGGUGGUAGCAGCAGGAAGUUUCGAGAACAUGUGGGACAUCACCACUCGAACGUUCGUCAUCCAUACCUGGAUCGCUGGCGCAAUCCUAGGUCUUUGCAUCGGUCCGCCUGUCGCAACCUUCGUGGCCACGUCAAGUUUGAGAUGGCCGUGGGUUUUCAUCAUCGCCGCAAUCGUUGCGGGCGUCGCUGCAAUCUUCUGCUUCGGCAUGCAAGAGUCUCGACCAUCGCAAGUCAUACGCCAGCAGGUCAAAGCGAUCGAGCGAGAGACCAGCUUCGACGGCUUGUCGCUGGAAGGAGAAGACUGCUUGCCGACCAUGUCCAAGUUCAUGCGGACAUCUCUGUGGCUGCCUUUGCGACUCUUCUUCACUGAGCCGAUCGUCUUUUUGACCUCCGUCAUGGCGGCGACAGUUGUAGCUGUCGUCUACCUCUUUUCGGAAGCGGUCGGGACGGUUUAUGUGGAAGGCUUCGGAUUCACCAACCGACAAGCCUCCUUGACAAUGCUCGCUAUCGCCGUCGGCGUACUCUUCGCCUUCCUCCCGCGUAUCUACGAUUACCAAGUCAUCGCACUUCGAAAGCGACAAGGCCGACCUCUCGAGCCAGAAGACAAGCUGUUUGGUUUUCUCGUCGCAGCGCCGAUUCUUGCUGGAGGCCUCUGGUGGUUUGCAUGGACGGUGCCACCCAUGACCUCUGGCGUUUCAGCCUGGGUCUCCAUCGCCUCUUUGGUCCUCAUCGGCUUCAGCACGCAGGAGUUCGACAAUCUCCUCUCGGGAUACCUUUGCGAUACCUACGCAACCUACGCAGCGUCCGCCAAUGCACCAAUGGCAUUCCUGCGAGCUGUACUGUCAGGCACGUUUCCAUUGUUCGGCCGACAGUUCUUUCAUAAGCUGGGGACGAAUAAUGCGUUGUUCAUAUCAGCUGGAGUAGCUACGCUGUAUUGUGGCAUUGCGAUAGUUUUCUCGUUGUACGGCAAGCGCGUACGGGAGAGAAGCUCGAUUGCUGAGAAGAUGUGGAGAGCGUCUUUGAGCAACGACAAGCUGGGUUUGUCGCAAGGGUCGAUGUCUUCGAGGACGGAUGUAUCAUGCUCAAGCAGUUUACCUUGCUGA